AUGACAACAACGCCUACGCGAACGAAAAUACUAUCUCCGAGAGUCAAAGAAUCGGAGCCAAACUCUGCGAUCAGACGUCCAUUCCAAAAGAAGCGAAUCGCGUCUCCGAUCCGUUUCAAUCCGAUUUCAAGAAUUUGUACGAUUCCGCUUCAUCAUUCACGAAUUUAACAUAUUUUUUUAGCGUUGAAGGAAGUGCAAAACGCGCCGAAAGUGAAAAGAGUACGCGAGUCUCGCCUGUUUCCGGCAUCGAAGAUGAGUGGCGAUGAACGCGAUAUUCCGCUUCCGGGCGGAUCGCACGAAACGCCGAAAAGGUCCAGUUACCUGCUGCCGAUUCCUCGUUUGCAAUUCGAAAACGACGAUUUCAUGGAAAUGUUCGCAGAAGAGACGGAAAUAAUACACCGGCGUCCAGAUUCAGUGGCCCUUCUCGCAGAAUACCUCUCCGCGUCUUUCCAUACUCUCACCACAGAACCGUCCUCUUCCGAUUCUGAAUAUCAGCACCAAAAUUCCGAAUGUUCAUACGUAACGCUUCGUCUCACAGCUCCCUCGGAAAUCAUAAGCAAUACGCAAAACUAA